AUGGGAAGAUCUAUCUAUCAAAGAUUUUAUUCACAUCCAUUUAUCUCUCACAUCAUAUCUAUUUAUCUAUCUAUCUAUCUUAUCUAUUUAUUUUUAAUUAUAUCUAUGAAUAUUCUAUAUAUAUCAUAUAAUGACAUAUCUAUCGAACUAUCUAAUCAUCUAUCUAUUAUCUAUCUAUCUAUUCAUCUAUCUAUCUAUUAUCUAUCUAUCUAUAAAAGAUCUAUCUAUCUAUUCAUCUAUCUAUCUAAAUAUCUAUCUAUAUCUAUUUUAUAUGCAUUCAUUCAUUUCUCUAUCUAUUUAUUGGGGUAUCUAUUUGUAAAAGACAUUUAUCUAUUCAGUUAUGAAAUAUUCAUCAUAACCAUCAAUUCAUCUGUAUUAAUGGCAGGUAUCUAUCUAUCUAUUUCUAUCUAUCUACGAAAUCUAUCUAUCUAUUUUUUUUCUAAAAUAAAUAUAACGUGUCAUUUGUCACUUGCCUUUUCUAGAAGAUCUAUCUAUUAUUCUGAUUUUAUAGAUCUAUUAUCUAUCUAUAUAUCACGUAUAUCUAUCUAUCUAUCUAUCUCGUUUUCUAUUGUUUAUUUUCUGUACAAUAUUUAUUUUUAA